GACGACUUCCCCCUCCUCCUGGAAAAUUUUUUUUCAUAUACGCACGAAAACCGCCCACCAACUAGAUUAGGAUCUCCACCAAUGAGACGAGAGCGCCGAGCAGCGCAUUCUCCAAUCAGCGAACUGAGCUUGUAAACCCGAAGGUGGCUUUCAACCAAACCGGCUUCGGCUUGCUGCUAGCGCGGGACGGCUUAUGAAUAUUAAUCGAGCAGUCGGCCAACCCGCCGUGCCGGAAACGCGCUGCUCAUGAAUAAUCCAGCGAGCGGUUGAGCGGGAUUGAGGUCUGGCGAAGGAAACAGGCGGACUUUGUGAACAUGGCGACUGCGAUGUACCUCGAGCACUACCUGGACAGCAUAGAAAAUUUACCGUGUGAGCUUCAACGAAAUUUCCAACUCAUGAGUGACCUGGAUCAGAGGACUGAGGAUAAAAAGAAAGAGAUUGAUGCGUUGGCCAGCGAAUACAUAAGCAAAGUGCGAGACUUUACCCCUGAACAGAGAGUACAACAUUUACAGCGCAUCCAAAAUGCCUACAGCAAAUGCAAGGAGUACAGCGACGAUAAAGUGCAGUUAGCCAUGCAGACCUAUGAGAUGGUAGAUAAACACAUCAGGCGGCUGGAUGCAGACCUGGCACGAUUUGAAGCUGACCUCAAAGAAAAAUUGGAAGGAACAGAGUUUGACAGCCCAUCUGGACGUGGAAUAAAAAAGAAUCGAUCACAGAAAGACAAGCGAGGUUCCCGGGGCCGUAGUAAAGAAAAAAGUGCCCCCGAGGAUGCACCCAGCCAUCACCGUGUACCAAAGAGAAUGGUCCGGCCCAAGCCAGUGUUCUCGGAGGCUGUAUUGUCUGUGCAUCCCUCCGAUGUCCUUGAUAUGCCCGUAGACCCCAACGAACCCACCUACUGCUUGUGCCACCAGGUAUCCUAUGGAGAGAUGAUUGGCUGUGACAAUCCAGAUUGUCCCAUAGAGUGGUUUCAUUUUGCGUGCGUGGAUCUCACCACUAAACCCAAAGGAAAAUGGUUCUGUCCUCGCUGUACCCAGGAACGGAAGAAAUGAUUACAGCACUCAAAUCCGUUAUGAAACUUGUCUACUUUUGUGUUUUU